AUGUCAUUUACAAGCGACUGCGUCUAUCGCGAGGACAGCAGCAAACAGUUUCGCGCUUUGUCGCUGCCUGCUGAGGAUCACCUGAAUCACUAUUUACCUAUGGUAUUUACAGGGAGUUCAAUAAUUGAAUUUUGCAUAUAUGUAAUAGUGUGAGUGUAGUAUUACUCAGUCUCACCACAAACAGUUUAAAUAUAUCAGUCCGGAAAGCAUGGUCUGCGGAUUAUCACCCAGCCUUGCCGUCGGAAGUCUGGUCCAAAAGUUUUGGAAGGGACAUGAAUUCUUAUUGAGAUUGGAAGCAGACACUCGUCUGCCUCACGUUAAACGCAACACUGUCUCUACCGGCUGCAACCAUGGCCUUCGUGCCCGCACCCAGCCCCACGGUGGUGGACCAGACCACCCUGAUGAAGAAGUACCUGCAGUUUGUUGCAGCGCUGACAGACAACAACACACCUGAUGAAACCAAGCUGAAGAUGAUGCAGGAAGUCAGUGAGAACUUUGAGAAUGUCACAUCUUCACCUCAGUACUCCACCUUUCUGGAGCACAUCAUCCCACGCUUCCUGACCUUUCUCCAGGAUGGGGAGGUGCAGUUCCUUCAGGAGAAACCCACACAGCAAUUAAGGAAGCUGGUCCUUGAAAUCAUCCACCGCAUUCCCACCAAUGAGCAUUUGCGCCCUCACACCAAGAACAUCCUCUCUGUGAUGUUCCGAUUUCUGGAGAUUGAGAGUGAGGAGAACGUGCUCAUCUGUCUUCGGAUAAUCAUCGAACUCCACAAGCAGUUUCGUCCCCCUAUCUCCCAGGAGAUUCAUCACUUCUUGGACUUUGUGAAGCAGAUUUACAAAGAGUUGCCAAAAGUAGUGGCGCGGUACUUUGAGAACCCCCAGGUCAUAGCGGAGAACACGGUGCCCUCUCCAGAGAUGGUGGGCAUGAUCACGUCCGUGCUCGUGAAGACGGCACCGGAGAGGGAGGACAGCGAGACGCGCACGCACACCAUUAUACCACGAGGCUCACUGUCCCUGAAGGUGCUGGCAGAACUUCCCAUCAUUGUCGUACUUAUGUACCAGCUGUACAAGCUAAACAUUCACAACGUGGUGUCGGAGUUCGUGCCACUCAUCAUGAACACCAUCAUGCUGCAGGUGUCACCUCAGGCCAGGCAACACAAGCUGUACAACAAAGAGCUGUACGCCGACUUCAUUGCCGCCCAGAUCAAGACUCUGUCCUUCCUGGCCUACAUUAUCCGCAUCUAUCAGGACCUGGUGGGGAAGUACUCUCAGCAGAUGGUGAAGGGGAUGCUGCAGCUGCUUACCAACUGCCCCCCGGAGACGGCUCACCUGCGCAAGGAGCUGCUCAUCGCCGCCAAGCACAUCCUCACCACUGACCUGCGCAGCCAGUUCAUCCCAUGCAUGGACAAGCUGUUUGACGAGUCCAUACUCAUUGGUUCAGGGUACACUGCCCGAGAGACCCUUAGACCCCUGGCCUACAGCACGCUGGCGGACCUGGUGCACCACGUGCGACAGAACCUGCCGCUCACCGACCUCUCGCUGGCCGUGCAGCUUUUCGCCAAGAACAUCGACGACGAGUCGCUGCCCAGCAGCAUCCAGACCAUGUCCUGCAAGCUGCUGCUCAACCUGGUGGACUGCAUCCGCUCCAAGAGCGAGCAGGAGAACGGCAACGGCCGCGACAUCCUCAUGAGGAUGCUGGAGGUGUUUGUGCUGAAGUUCCACACCAUCGCUCGCUACCAGCUGCCCGCCAUCUUCAAGAAGUGCAAGCCCCAGUCCGAGAUGGGCGUGGUGGACCCGGGUGCUCUCCCGAGCGUCCCUGCCACCCCCACGGCCGCCACCACGCCGGCCCUCCCUCCCCCAGCGCCCCCCACGCCAGUCACGCCCGCACCCCCUGCCCCCGCCACCCCCUUCGACCGACCCGGCGAGAAGGAGGACAAGCAGACCUUCCAGGUGUCGGACUGCAGGAGCCUGGUGAAGACGCUGGUGUGCGGCGUGAAGACCAUCACCUGGGGCAUCACCUCGUGCAAGGCACCUGGAGAUGCGCAGUUCAUUCCCAACAAGCAGCUGCAGCCCAAAGAGACUCAGAUCUACAUCAAGCUGGUCAAGUACGCAAUGCAGGCCCUGGACAUUUACCAGGUACAGAUUGCAGGCAACGGUCAGACAUACAUCCGCGUGGCCAACUGCCAGACAGUCCGCAUGAAGGAGGAGAAGGAGGUGCUGGAGCACUUUGCUGGCGUCUUCACCAUGAUGAACCCCCUCACCUUCAAGGAGAUCUUCCAGACCACCGUGCCCUACAUGGUGGAGCGCAUCUCCAAGAACUACGCCCUGCAGAUCGUUGCCAACUCGUUCCUGGCCAACCUGUCCACGUCGGCCCUGUUUGCCACCAUCCUGGUGGAGUACCUGCUGGAGCGGCUCCCCGAGAUGGGCUCCAACGUGGAGCUGUCCAACCUCUACCUCAAGCUCUUCAAGCUGGUGUUCGGCUCCGUGUCCCUCUUCGCCGCCGAGAACGAGCAGAUGCUGAAGCCUCACCUGCAUAAGAUCGUGAACAGCUCCAUGGAGCUGGCCCAGUCGGCCAAAGAGCCCUACAACUACUUCCUGCUUCUGCGGGCGCUCUUCCGCUCCAUCGGGGGCGGCAGCCAUGACCUGCUCUACCAGGAGUUCCUGCCCCUGCUGCCCAACCUGCUCCAGGGCCUGAACAUGCUGCAGAGCGGCCUGCACAAGCAGCACAUGAAGGACCUGUUUGUGGAGCUGUGUCUGACCGUGCCGGUGCGCCUCAGCUCGCUGCUGCCCUACCUGCCCAUGCUCAUGGACCCGCUGGUGUCGGCGCUCAACGGCUCGCAGACGCUGGUCAGCCAGGGCCUGCGCACGCUGGAGCUCUGCGUCGACAACCUGCAGCCCGACUUCCUGUACGACCACAUCCAGCCUGUCCGCGCCGAGCUGAUGCAGGCACUGUGGCGCACACUUCGCAACCCGGCGGAGAACAUCUCGCACGUAGCCUACCGCGUGCUAGGCAAGUUUGGCGGCAGCAACCGCAAGAUGCUGAAGGAGUCGCAGCGGCUGCAGUACGUGGUGACUGAGGUCCAGGGCCCCAGCAUCAAGGUGGAGUUCAACGACUGCAAGGCCUCCAUUCAGCUGCCCAUGGAGAAGGCGAUCGAGACGGCCCUGGACUGCCUGAAGAGUGCCAACACGGAGCCCUACUACCGCCGGCAGGCCUGGGAGGUCAUCAAGUGCUUCCUGGUGGCCAUGACGAGCCUGGAGGACAACAAGCAUGCGCUCUACCAGCUUCUGGCGCACCCCAACUUCACGGAAAAGUGGAUCCCGCCGGUGAUCAUCUCACACCGCUACAAGGCGCAGGACACCCCGGCACGCCGAACCUUUGAGCAGGCGCUCACCGGAGCUUUCAUGUCGGCCGUCAUCAAGGACCUGAGGCCCAGCGCCCUGCCAUUUGUGGCCAGCCUCAUCCGCCACUACACCAUGGUGGCAGUGGCACAGCAGUGCGGCCCUUUCCUGUUGCCAUGCUACCAGCUGGGGAGCCAGCCCAGCACAGCCAUGUUCCACAGCGAAGAGAACGGCUCCAAGGGCAUGGACCCGCUGGUGCUCAUCGACGCCAUCGCCAUCUGCAUGGCCUAUGAGGAGAAGGAGCUGUGCAAGAUCGGCGAGGUGGCGCUGGCGGUCAUCUUCGACGUGGCCAGCAUCAUCCUGGGCUCCAAGGAGAGGGCUUGCCAGCUGCCCCUGUUCUCCUACAUCGUGGAGCGCCUGUGCGCCUGCUGCUACGAGCAGGCCUGGUACGCCAAGCUGGGCGGCGUGGUCUCCAUCAAGUUCCUCAUGGAGCGCCUGCCCCUCAUCUGGGUCCUCCAGAACCAGCUGACCUUCCUGAAGGCCCUGCUCUUCGUCAUGAUGGACCUCACUGGAGAGGUGUCCAACGGUGCGGUUGCCAUGGCGAAGACGACGCUGGAGCAGCUGCUGGUGCGCUGUGCGACGCCGCUCAAGGACGAGGAGAAGUCCGAGGAGCUGCUGACCGCCCAGGACAAGAGCUUCCACAUGGUGACCCACGACCUGGUGCGUGAGGUCACCUCGCCCAACUCCACCGUGCGCAAGCAGGCCAUGCACUCGCUGCAGGUGCUGGCACAGGUCACCGGCAAGAGCGUCACCGUCAUAAUGGAACCCCACAAGGAGGUCUUACAGGACAUGGUGCCCCCAAAGAAGCACCUGCUUCGGCACCAGCCGGCCAACGCCCAGAUCGGCCUGAUGGAGGGCAACACCUUUUGCACCACCCUGCAGCCCCGUCUCUUCACCAUGGACCUCAAUGUGAUGGAGCACAAGGUCUUCUACACAGAGCUGCUGAAUCUGUGCGAGUCCGAGGAUGCUACCCUGAUGAAGCUACCCUGCUACAAGAGCCUGCCCUCUCUGGUGCCACUGCGCAUUGCGGCACUCAAUGCUCUGGCAGCAUGUAACUACCUCCCCCAGUCGCGGGAGAAGAUCAUCGCUGCCCUCUUCAAGGCCCUCAACUCCACCAACAGUGAGCUGCAGGAGGCCGGGGAGGCUUGCAUGAGAAAGUUCCUGGAGGGUGCCACCAUCGAGGUGGACCAGAUCCACACUCACAUGCGCCCCCUGCUGAUGAUGCUGGGCGACUACCGCAGCCUCACCCUCAACGUGGUCAACAGGCUCACGUCCGUCACGCGCCUCUUCCCCAACUCCUUCAACGACAAGUUCUGCGAUCAGAUGAUGCAACACCUGAGGAAGUGGAUGGAGGUGGUGGUCAUCACCCACAAGGGAGGCCAGAGGAGCGAUGGCAGUCCUGCACUGGAGGGCGCUGAGGAGAUGAAGAUCUGUUCGGCCAUCAUCAACCUCUUCCACCUGAUCCCCGCCGCACCACAGACCCUGGUCAAGCCCCUGCUGGAGGUGGUGAUGAAGACGGAGAGGGCCAUGCUCAUAGAGGCGGGCAGUCCCUUCAGAGAGCCCCUCAUCAAGUUCCUGACGCGCCACCCGUCUCAGACCGUGGAGCUGUUCAUGAUGGAGGCCACCCUCAACGACCCGCAGUGGAGCCGCAUGUUCAUGAGCUUCCUGAAGCACAAAGACGCCAAGCCCCUGCGGGAUGUGCUGGCCUCCAACCCCAGCCGCUUCGUCCCCCUGCUGGUGCCCCCAGGCACUGCACCCACCGUCCGGCCCGGCUCACCAUCCACCAGCACCGCCCGCCUCGACCUGCAGUUCCAGGCCAUCAAGAUCAUCAGCAUCAUCGUGAAGAACGACGAGGGAUGGCUGGCGGGUCAGCACUCUCUGGUCAGCCAGCUGCGCCGUGUCUGGGUCAGCGAGGCCUUCCAGGAGCGUCACCGCAAAGACAACAUGGCCUCCACCAACUGGAAGGAGCCCAAGCUGCUGGCCUUCUGCCUGCUCAGUUACUGCAAGCGGAACUACUCGGAGAUCGAGCUGCUCUUCCAGCUGCUGCGGGCCUUCACGGGCCGCUUCCUGUGCAACAUGACCUUCCUCAAGGAGUACAUGGAGGAUGAGAUCCCCAAGAACUACAGCAUCGUCCACAAGCGCGCACUCUUCUUCCGCUUCGUGGAGUUCAACGACCCGCACUUCGGCGACGAGCUCAAGGCCAAGGUCCUGCAGCACAUCCUGAACCCGGCGUUCCUCUGCAGCUUUGAGAAGGGUGAGGGGGAGCAGCUGCUGGGCCCGCCCAACCCAGAGGGAGACAACCCCGAGAGCAUCACCAGUGUCUUCAUCACCAAGGUGCUGGACCCGGAGAAGCAGGCGGACCUGCUGGACUCGCUGCGCAUCCAGCUGCUGCAGUUCUCCACUCUGCUGGUGGAGCACGCGCCGCACCACAUCCACGACAACAACAAGAGCCGCAACAGCAAGCUGCGGCGCCUGAUGACCUUCGCCUGGCCCUGCCUGCUGCCCAAGGCCUGCGUGGACCCCGCAUGCAAGUACAGCGGUCACCUGCUGCUCGCCCACAUCAUCGCCAAAUUCGCCAUCCACAAGAAGAUCGUGCUGCAGGUGUUCCACAGCCUGCUGAAGGCCCACACUAUGGAGGCGCGCUCCAUUGUGCGCCAGGCCAUGGCCAUCCUCACCCCAGCCGUGCCGGCGCGCAUGGAGGACGGACACCAGAUGCUGACGCACUGGACGCGCAAGAUCAUCGUGGAGGAGGGCCACACCGUCCCCCAGCUGGUGCACAUCCUCCACCUCAUCGUGCAGCACUUCCGGGUGUACUACCCAGUGAGGCACCACCUGGUGCAGCACAUGAUCAGCGCCAUGCAGCGCCUGGGCUUCACCCCCAGCGUGACCAUCGAGCAGCGCAAGCUGGCCGUGGACCUGGCCGAGGUGGUCAUCAAGUGGGAGCUGCAGCGCAUCAAGGACCAGCAGCCGGAAGCGGAGGCUGAUGCGGGUGCCAGUGUUGACACCGCCACCCCAGGAGGAAGUGGUGUGAAGCGGGCUGCGUCCAUGGACUCUGGUCAGGACCUCAAGCGCUUCCGCACAGCCACCGGUGCCGUAAGCGCGGUCUUUGGUCGUAGCCAAUCAGUGCCAGGUGCGGAGACCCUGCUGACCAAGCCCGUGGACAAGCAGCACACAGACACUGUCGUCAACUUCCUCAUCCGCAUCGCCUGCCAGGUGAAUGACAGCGCGAACGUGCAGGGCUCCCCGGGGGAGCUUCUCUCACGGCGCUGUGUGAACCUGAUGAAGACGGCCCUGCGGACCGACAUGUGGCCCCGCGCCGAGCUCAAGCUGCAGUGGUUCGACAAGCUGCUCAUGACCGUGGAGCAACCGGCGCAGGCGAACUUCUCCAACAUCUGCACAGGGCUGGAGAUCCUGUGCUUCCUGCUGACCGUGCUGCAGCCGGCUGGCGUGCUGGCCCACUUCAAGCCCCUGCAGCGCGGCAUCGCCGCCUGCAUGACCUGCAGCAACACCAAGGUGCUGCGCGCCGUCCACUCGCUGCUCUCCCGCCUGAUGAGCAUCUUCCCCACCGAGCCCAGCACCUCCAACGUGGCGUCCAAGCAUGAGGAACUGGAGUGUCUGUACGCCGCCGUGGGCAAGGUCAUCUACGAGGGCCUCACUAACUACGAGAAGGCCACCAGCGCCAACCCCACGCAGCUGUUCGGGACGCUGAUGAUCCUCAAGUCGGCCUGCAGCUACAACUCCAGCUACAUCGACCGCCUCAUCUCAGUCUUCAUGCGCUCGCUGCAGAAGAUGGUGCGCGAACACCUCAGCCCACAGACCACGCCUGGGGCCAACGAGACCAGCACAGUGACGAGUGAGCUGGUGAUGCUAAGUCUGGACCUGGUGAAGACGCGCCUCUCAGUCAUGAGCAUGGAGAUGAGGAAAAACUUCAUCCAGGUCAUAAUCACCUCACUCAUCGAGAAGUCUCCCGACCCCAAGAUCCUGCGCUCGGUGGUGAAGAUUGUGGAGGAGUGGGUGAAGAACAACUCUCCCAUGGCUGCCAACCAGAUGCCUAAUCUGAGGGAGAAGUCCAUCCUGCUGGUGAAGAUGAUGACCUACAUCGAGAAGCGCUUCCCCGACGACCUUGAAUUGAACGGCCAGUUCCUGGACCUCGUUAAUUACGUCUACAGGGACGAGAGUCUGUCAGGAAGUGACAUCACGUCCAAGCUGGAGCCUGCCUUCCUGUCCGGCUUGCGCUGCUCACAGCCCCACAUCCGGGCCAAGUUCUUCGAGGUGUUUGACUCGUCCAUGAAGCGGCGUGUCUACGAACGACUCCUGUACAUCUGCUGCUCCCAGAACUGGGAGGCCAUGGGCAGCCACUUCUGGAUCAAGCAGUGCAAUGAGCUGCUGCUGGCGGUGUGUGAGAAGACCACGGUGAUCGGCACCAGCUGCCAGGGCUCUAUGCUGCCCUCCAUCACCAACGUCAUCAACCUGGCCGACAGCCACGACCGCGCCGCCUUCGCCAUGGCCACGCACAUCAAGCAGGAGCCGCGCGAGCGAGACACCACCGAGACUAAGGAGGAGGACGUGGAGAUCGACAUCGAGCUGCCGUCGGGCGACCAGGCCAGCCUGCCCAAGACCAAGGAGCAGGCGGAGCGCGACGCCGGCAACCAGCUGCACAUGCUCACCAACCGCCACGACAAGUUCCUGGACUCCCUGCGCGAGGUCAAGACUGGGGCGCUGCUCAACGCGCUGGUGCAGCUGUGUCACAUCUCCACGCCGCUGGCCGAGAGGAGCUGGGUGCAGCUGUUCCCCCGCCUCUGGAAGAUCCUGUCUGACCGGCAGCAACACGCGCUGAGCGGCGAGAUAGGCCCGUUCCUGUGCAGCGGCAGCCACCAGGCGCAGCGGGACUGCCAGCCGAGCGCACUUAACUGCUUCGUGGAGGCCAUGUCGCAGUGCGUGCCGCCCAUCCCCAUCCGGCCCUGCGUGCUCAAGUACCUGGGCAAGACGCACAACCUGUGGCUGCGCUCCACGCUCAUGCUGGAGACCCAGGCCUUCGACAAAGGCCUCAGCCUGCACAUCAAGCCCAAGCAAAGCACAGAGUUCUACGAGCAGGAGAGCAUCACGCCGCCGCAGCAGGAGAUCCUGGACUCCCUGGCGGAGCUCUACUCACUGCUGCAGGAGGAGGACAUGUGGGCGGGGCUGUGGCAGAAGCGCUGCAAGUUCCCCGAGACGAGCACGGCCAUCGCCUACGAGCAGCACGGCUUCUACGAGCAGGCCCAGGAGAGUUAUGAGAAGGCCAUGGAGAAAGCGCGGAAGGAACACGAGAGGAGCAACAUCUCCCCGGCCAUCUUCCCUGAGUACCAGCUGUGGGAGGACCACUGGAUCCGGUGCUCCAAGGAGCUGAACCAGUGGGAGCCGCUGACUGAGUACGGCCAGUCCAAGGGCCACACUAACCCCUAUCUGGUGCUGGAGUGCGCCUGGAGGGUCUCCAACUGGACCGCCAUGAAGGAGGCCCUGGCCCAGGUGGAGCUGAGCUGCCCUAAGGAGAUGGCGUGGAAGGUGAACAUGCACCGCGGCUACCUGGCCAUCUGCCACCCGGAGGAGCAGCAGCUGAGCUUCAUCGAGCGCCUGGUGGAGAUGGCCUCCAGCCUGGCCAUCCGCGAGUGGAGGAGGCUGCCGCACAUCGUCUCGCACGUCCACACACCCCUGCUGCAGAAUGCGAGGCGCCCAGUGCGUUUAAGCAGCGCAUUAAACACUUAUGACACACUGCCAAUACAAAGCAGUAAAAAAAAAGAUGCCUCUCACGGCAACAACAGCAUCCUGUCGGAUCGCAUCCAAAGUGUGCUCUCUGGGGGUCAGCAAGUUGUGAGGGCCUGGGCGGGCCGUGCUGGCCAGCGGGGGCCAGCGGUCGCCUGCCUGCUGCAGCCAGGUGGAGCGGUGGAGGAGAGCCGGCCGUCCUCCAGGUCUCUGGAGCCCCACAGCACCCCACUGGAUGCUGCCAGCUGGACUUUUGACUUCAGUGUGCCGGGCUCCAUGAAGCUGCACAACCUCAUCUCUAAGCUGAAGAAGUGGAUCAAGAUCCUGGAGGCCAAGACCAAGCAGCUGCCCAAGUUCUUCCUGAUCGAGGAGAAGUGUCGCUUCCUCAGCAACUUCUCGGCCCAGACGGCCGAGGUGGAGAUCCCCGGCGAGUUCCUCAUGCCCAAGCCCACGCACUACUACAUCAAGAUCGCCAGGUUCAUGCCCAGGGUGGAGAUCGUCCAAAAGCACAACACGGCAGCACGGCGCCUCUACAUCCGCGGUCACAACGGCAAGAUCUACCCGUACCUGGUGAUGAACGACGCGUGCCUGACUGAGUCGCGGCGCGAGGAACGCGUUCUGCAGCUGCUACGUCUGCUCAACCCCUGUCUGGAGAAGAGGAAGGAGACCACCAAACGGCAUCUCUUCUUCACAGUGCCGCGGGUGGUGGCGGUGUCGCCCCAGAUGCGCCUGGUGGAGGAUAACCCCUCGUCUCUGUCCCUGGUGGAGAUCUACAAGCAGCGCUGCGCCAAGAAGGGCAUCGAGCACGACAACCCCAUCUCCCGCUACUACGACCGUCUGGCCACUGUACAGGCCCGCGGCACACAGGCCAGCCACCAGGUGCUGAGGGACAUCCUGAAGGAGGUCCAGGGGAACAUGGUGCCUCGGAGCAUGCUGAAGGAGUGGGCUCUGCACACGUUCCCCAACGCCACCGACUACUGGACCUUCCGCAAGAUGUUCACUAUCCAGCUGGCGCUCAUCGGCCUGGCCGAGUUCAUGCUGCACCUCAACCGCCUCAACCCGGAGAUGCUGCAGAUCGCCCAGGACACGGGCAAGCUCAACGUUUCUUACUUCCGCUUUGACAUCAACGACGCCACAGGUGACCUGGACGCCAACCGGCCCGUGCCCUUCCGCCUGACGCCCAACAUCUCGGAGUUCCUCACCAGCAUCGGCGUCUCGGGGCCCCUCACCGCCUCCAUGAUCGCUGUGGCGCGCUGCUUCGCCCAGCCCAACUUCAAGGUGGAUGGCAUCCUGAAGGCGGUCUUGCGAGACGAGAUCAUCGCGUGGCACAAGAAGACUCAGGAGGACACGUCGCUGCCACUGUCCCCCGCUGGCCAGCCCGAGAACAUGGACAGCCAGCAGCUGGUGUCGCUGGUGCAGAAGGCUGUGACCGCCAUCAUGACGCGCCUGCACAACCUGGCCCAGUUUGAGGGCGGCGAGAGCAAGGUCAACACGCUGGUGGCGGCCGCCAACAGCCUGGACAAUCUCUGCCGCAUGGAUCCUGCCUGGCAUCCAUGGCUCUGAGCGGGGACUGGGAAGACUGUGGAGGGGUCACUUCCUCUAAAUCUGGCCGUCAGAGGUCAAUGCUGGAAUUGUGAUCUGAGGACUAUCCUUAAGAAGACUGUCUAAGCUGGAAAUGUGAACUGAAGACUGUUUAAGCGAGACUGAAUAUAUUGGAUUUUUUCACUCAAAUAUGGAUUAAGAUGCAGUGCUUAACUGAUGGUGACUGACGGGAGCUGUGCUCACAGACAUGAUCAGCUUGUGUUCAGUCAGCUUGUGUUUGCCUUGGGUUAGCAAGGCUGGCUCAGUAGCAGUUGAGCCUCUCGUCAUCAUCUUGCCAUUUAGUCACAGCUACAAGCGAAGGAAAGCAAAAAAAGAAAUGGAACAACAUUUAGCAAAAACUGGAUUUACGACAAUAGAGUUGAUGUUGCUUUGUUUGCAGAUGGCCUGCAUUUUUUAAAAAGAAAAAGUGGCAUAAGACCAACAGAACAUACAUCAACUUGAGCUCAAAGCUGUAUUGCUUUUUCUCUCAGUGAAGAUCUCCGAGGGACUUUUCCCUUCUUGAUGUGAAUGAAAGGAAUAAGUGACUCUAAAGUCCUGUGGGCCCCUGCUCCCACUUAUAGACAUCAAGACAGUGAGCCAGGGCAGGUUACACAGGCUCCAUGCAGACAGAAGUGAGCCAUUGGUGUUUGAUGAUUAGGUUUUGAUGGGGUUAUUCUAUGGUAAUUUCUGAAAAUAACAGACUCUGAACGUGAUCACCAUGUAAAAUUUUUGAAUUUUUUUGUUAAUAUAUACUGUAUGUUCUGAUAUAGUAUUUUUGCAUCAUGUGGGAAGAUGGACUUUUUUUAUUUUACUUAUCAUUAUUCAGAUCACCGCUAUGUUUGCUUUAUGUUUUUAGUACUGAAUUGGUAUAUUUCUACCCACAAAACCACUGCACACACUCUUUUGUCUCAAGAGGAGAAUCUAAAGCCGUGCAGUCAGAUCCCAGUGGUUGAACUACCUUAAAAGCUGUAUUUGUCCUUCAGGAUAAUGUUGGUUUGACACUGAUAGCCAUGCACUCUAACCUGUACCCACAGACCUGUCUGUUUAUUUUUUUUUAAGGUUUUUUUUUUUUUUUUUUUGUAAAGGCUUUCCUCUGUUUUGUAAAGGUACAGCACCCUCUGGCAACCUAAGUAUUGUACCCUUGGCAUUGUAAAUAUGCGUUUUUAAUAAAAUGCUUUUGUAGAAAAGAAAUGGAAA